CAGGAGCCAGAAGAGAAGACAAAGGGGAUCCGAGUGAGCUUGGAGAGAAAGGCAAGACCUCCGGUUCCCCUUAGUGUGACUCGUGGAAGAGGCAGCCACACGCGAAGUAAUAUGGAUUACAAGUCUAGCCUGAUUCCGGAUGGAAACCCCAUGGAGAACCUGGAGAAGCAGCUGAUCUGUCCCAUCUGCCUGGAGAUGUUUACCAAGCCUGUGGUCAUCCUUCCCUGCCAGCACAACCUCUGCCGGAAGUGUGCCAACGACAUCUUUCAGGCUGCAAAUCCUUACUGGACCAAUCGCGGUGGCUCAGUGUCCAUGUCUGGAGGCCGUUUCCGCUGCCCCUCAUGCCGCCACGAGGUGAUCAUGGACCGGCACGGGGUGUACGGCCUGCAGCGGAAUCUGCUUGUGGAGAACAUCAUUGACAUUUACAAGCAGGAGUGCUCCAGUCGGCCUCUGCAGAAAGGCAGCCACCCGAUGUGCAAGGAGCACGAGGAUGAAAAAAUCAACAUCUACUGCCUCACGUGCGAGGUGCCCACCUGCUCCAUGUGCAAGGUGUUUGGGGCCCACCAAGCCUGCGAGGUGGCCCCACUACAGAGCGUCUUCCAGGGCCAGAAGACUGAACUGAGCAACUGCAUCUCUAUGCUGGUGGCAGGGAACGACCGAAUACAGACCAUCAUCACUCAACUGGAGGACUCCUGCCGAGUGACCAAGGAAAACAGCCACCAGGUGAAGGAAGAGCUGAGCCAGAAGUUUGAUGCCCUCUACGCCAUCCUGGAUGAGAAGAAGAGUGAGCUGCUACAGCGGAUCACACAGGAGCAGGAGGAGAAGCUGGGCUUCAUUGAGGCCCUGAUCCUGCAGUACCGAGAGCAGCUGGAGAAGUCCACCAAGCUCGUAGAGACAGCCAUCCAGUCCCUGGACGAGCCUGGCGGGGCCACCUUCCUCAUGAGUGCCAAGCAACUCAUCAAGAGCAUUGUGGAAGCGUCCAAAGGCUGCCAGCUGGGGAAGACAGAACAGGGCUUUGAAAACAUGGACUACUUUACUUUGGAUUUAGAGCACAUAGCAGAGGCCCUGAAGGCCAUUGACUUUGGGACAGAUGAGGAUGAGGAAGAGUUCAUUGAAGACGAAGAAGAUCAGGAAGGGGAUGUGUCCACAGAAGGGAAAGAAGGACACCAGUGAGGAAGGAGCUGGAUGCAUGAGACACCUACUGGAUGCAGAGAGUGGGGAGGGGGAGGGACAGGCCCUUCAUGGGAAGGGGUCGGGGCUCCCGGGGGCAGGGGGCAAUGGGGAAGGAUGUCUUCUCUUUGCUCAGAGGACAGGGACUAGUGUAGAAGCCCCCCUGCUGUGUCCAGCAGCCACUGAAAACCACAAUUGGAAAUGUACUCAAAACAACCACACAGGACACUUUUGUACACUGGUGCAAAAUGAAAAAUUUUGUACGUUUUUAAAAUGUGAUUUUUUUUUUGUAUAUACUUGUAUAUGUAUGCCAAUUUGGUGCUUUUUGUACAAGAAUUUUUGUAUGAUCACGCCUGGUCAUUGUGUGACUGGCGAUUGUCACAAAGGGGGAAGGAAGCCAAGCUGAUAGAGCUGCCCACUUCCUUUCCUUGGUGGGAGGGCUGGGUCUCACUCAAAGGCCUAGUAAGAGGCAAUGUACUGUAUUUCAGUCCUACCCCAAACAUGGGGGGAAGACUGAGUUCAUGUUAUUUGUUGUUUUAAUAAAUGUACAACGCUCUUUUCCUGUUA